AUGGAGAUUAAGGUGAGAGUCCCAAAGGGGUUUGUGUUAGAGAAAGCAGUUUGCAAUCAUGGUUUCUUUAUGAUGGCUCCAAACCGUUGGAUGCCAUCCACUAAAACCCUCGUCAGACCACUCCGCCUACCCGAUCACCGUUCUGUUAGGGUCUCCAUUUCCCAACCUUGUACCACUUUCCUCUCCAUUAGCGCACCUGAUGAACCAAGCUUAUAUUCUAAUUCCAGAGUUAUAAAGGAUCAAGUAAAGAGGAUGCUUAGGCUUUCUAAUGCAGACGAGGAGCAACUGAAGAAGUUUCAUGGACUACAUAAGGAUGCUGCCAAGAAAGGGUUUGGUCGUCUUUUCCGUAACCCAUCUCUAUUCGAAGAUCUUUUCCGUCCCUAUGAACAGAAACUAAAAGGAUUAAAGAAAUCAUUCAAAGAAAGUUUAGAACUGGCGGAAGGACUUUGUGUUCUCCAAAAACGGCUGAACAUUGAAAAAGGAGUGGUGGAUCCGGCGAAAAGAGGUAGAAAGAAACAAUCAUUUUGUGUUGAAGAGUCGUGGGGAAAUUUCCCAAGCCCACAAGAAGUCGCCAUUUUUAAGAACCCAAUAUUGUUGAACAAGAAGUGCAACUUGGGAUAUCGAGCUCAAUACGUACAUGAAUUAGCUAAGAAUAUCACAGAUGGUAAAAUCAGGCUCAUGGAUUUGGAGAAGUUAUGCGAUGGAAAUGAAUUGUACCAAAAGUUGAUGCCCCUUUCAGGGUUCGGUGACUUUGUUUCUAGCAAUGCAUUGAUGUGCAUGGGAUUCUAUGAUGCUAUUCCAUGUGACUCUGAAACUGUAAGACUUAUCAAACAGGUCCACCAACGAGAAGAUUGUGACAAGAAAAAUAUGAAUGUAAUGGCUAUGGAGAUAUAUGACAGAUAUGCGCCAUUUCAGACCCUCGCCUACUGCUUGUAG